GGAGCGUCCUGGCUCCGCCCCCAAGAGAGGAAUGGUCUGCUGCUGCGUUCGAUCAUGGCUCCCGCCGCUUUGCCUCCCGCCGCCGCCUCUGCCUCUGCCUCGCAGCCCCCAGAGAUCCAGUUCGCUCAGCGCUUGGCCGCCAACGAGAAGAGGAUCCGAGACCGGGCCCUGAAAAAGCUCCGGGGCUACAUCACCCUCCGCACCCAGAACCCAUUGGGGAGCUUUAGCCAAGAAGAGCUUUUGAAAAUAUGGAAAGGACUAUUUUAUUGUAUGUGGAUGCAGGAUAAACCACUACUUCAGGAGGAGUUAUCAAACAACAUAUCACAGCUUGUACAUGUCAUUGAAAACAUGGAUGCCAGGCAUUUAUUCAUUGAGACCUUCUGGCAAACUAUGAAUCGUGAAUGGAAUGGAAUAGACAGGCUCCGGCUAGAUAAAUUUUACAUGUUGAUCCGCAUGAUGUUGAAGCAGUCUUUUGAAGUACUGAAAAGAAAUGGAUGGAACGAAAGUUUUACUGAGCCAUUUCUAAACAUGCUGAUGAACACAGUUAUGCACCCAGAUAGCAAUACCCCUGUUGGGAUAAAAUUGCAUUUUAUUGAUAUCUAUCUGGAAGAACUGGCUAAAGUUGGGGCUAAAGAGCUCACAGCACAGCAGAAUCUCCAGUUUGUUGAACCAUUCUGCAAAAUUGUUUCCAAAACCAAGAAUCACCUUGAGCUGCAGGCCAUUGUCCAUGGCAUCUUUGAAACCAUUCUGGAUCAGUCUCCAUUUGCCAUAGAAGAUAUAAUGAAAGAAAUAGGAGCAGAUAGUGAUGCUGACCUAUCAGAAGAAGAUGAAUGCAGUGAUGAGGAGAAUACAUUAAUAGCCAAAGACAGGCGCUUGCCAAGGACACGCUCAGUAAGAAAUGAGGCCCAAGAUAAAAUUUCAGAAGAUACAGAUGAUAACAUUGGGCCUAUUCUGCAGUUUGAUUACAAAACCAUUGCUGACAUGCUGUUUGAGUUGGCUAGCAAAAAAUGCACUCCUGCUUUUAACAGAAAAUGCCUCUAUAAAGUGGUUAAAAAGUUUCAGGACCUUGCAGAAGGGACCUUUCCACAAGAUGAAUUUCCUGAGGAUGUCUCUACAGAUGAAGAUGACGAUACCUUCAGCAGAAAGAAGUGGAAAAGGAAAUAUGGAAAAUCCUCUGAUGAGUCUAAGAUGGGGGCAAAAGAGAAAACAAGAGACAGAAAAAACAAAAUUGAGGAAGAGGAUGACAGUACAGAACCACUGAAGAAAAGGAAGAGGAGAAAGAGAAAGGCCAGUCAGAUGGCUGACUCUUACACAGCUGCUGGAAGCAAACAAAAUGGAUCAGUCAACCUAGAAGAAUCCAAAGAGCCAAACCAGGACAAUGAAUCACCAAGUAGUAAGAGAAGACAAAAGAAGUCUUCAGUUUUGGAAAACAACAAAACUGGCUCUUCGACAGCUUUCAUUGGAGAAUUGACUGAUAAUUCUUCAUUGAAUACACUGACAUGUUUGGUAAACAAUGUAAAGAAACAACCAAAGAAAAAAAAUGGCAGUCUACAGAAAGUUUCUAUAGAAACCGUCCAUCAGAAUGGACAUGCUAUUAGUCCUGAAGAGGCACCUGGGGACUAUGCUGCAGUAGUUCAAGAUAGUAAAAUGAUUAAGAAGAAAUGGAAAUCAGAGCCCAGAAUUAUCACUGGAAGUGUUUUUUCUGAAGACCAUGUUAAGCAUCCAGAGAAAGAUAGCCUUGUAAAGUCAGAGCAUAUAGUGCUCCAAAAAGUGAAGUUGAAGAAAAAACAAAAGUUAAGGAAUUUGGUAAAGUUUAGAUGUUUUAAGCAGAAAAUAGGUUUGAAAAAGCAAAGGAGAAUCAGGGAAGUCCUAAAUUCCACACAAGAAAAAGAGGUUGAAGGUGAAAACAAAAAGAGCAAGAACAAAGAAACUGGUGGCCCUGUUCUUCAGAAGAAAAGGAUAGCAAAGGCAGGGAAUGAGUUUGUGAAGUUUGAAAAGACAACGCCACCAAAGCCAGCCUUCUUUAGGAAAACUAAAGGAAGCAUUACGUCUGUGCAGUUAAGCAAGCUACUAUCUUCCAGCUCCAAAAAGGUCACCUUUGGAUUGAAUAAGAACAUGACUGCUGAAUUUAAGAAGACAGACAAAAGUAUCCUUGUCAGUCCAGAAGGACCCUCCCGGGUAGCUUUCAAUCCUGAGCAGAAACCUCCUCAUGGUGUAUUGAAGUCAUUUUCUACAGAAACACCUCAGAUAAAGAAACCCAUUUUAAUGACAACUAAGAAAAGACCAACUGCUAUGGACUUCUUCUAAGUCAAUAAGGAAAAGAGUAGGUUCUUGUAUAUAAUAAUUCAAAAACCGGUUAUUUCUUGGGGUAUUUCUGAAAUCUUAUUUUUGAAGUUAACAUGGUUGUUUUCUGAAAGGUUCUAAUUGUGUAAACCGUUGUGCUGUUAAUUUAAUAGGCACCUCUGACCAUUGAUUUAAGCUGGUUUUUGUACUUAACAAAAGAGGUAAUAUAAAUGGACUAUGUUCUUAGGCUUUUUAUUAUGGAAGCCUAUCUUUUUGGAAAAAAAGAACCCUAUCACAUGAUAUAUGACCAUGUAAAGUUUUAUUCUAAACUGUUGUCACUUGCACUCUUUUAAUCAGUAGUUUAAUAAAGAAUUUCCAAUGUCUAUGGCCUUAAUUCUAUGGAGCUAAGAAGCACACAACUCCUCUCACCUCAUUCCCUUCACCGCUUCAUUUCUUUUCCUACCUAGCAGUUUCAUCUACCCGAGAUCCUCGAGGCUGAGGUCAGGUUAUAAUCACCAUUCUUCUCCCAUUAAAAUGAACUAGAUGAGAAUGGUGGUGGUGUUCUUUUCUUUAAAAAAAAAUCCAUUUCUUAAAACCUUCAAGCAUUUUGACACAGGGUAAAUAUCCUUUUCAAAAUAAGGUCAUGAAUUCAGUCUGCAAUAUAAGAUUUAAUUAUAUUCAGAUAUAAUAUAAUAACUUUUCCUGUCUACAUUUUGCUUUUGAUUUCAGUACACCCUUUGGGGGGCGGACUUUCCACAUAAUUAUUUUAAUCUGGCUCUUAUGAUUUGUCUCUGAUUUCAUGAAUGCAGCAUAGCAUAAAUACACAGUUGAGAAAACCUCACAGACCCAAAAGGUAUUAUCACUCAGCCAUGUGGUGUUGUUUUUUUAUAUAAUUUAUUACUUUGGGUCAUGGAUCUCAGUAAUAAACAUGCUUUAUUUCUCUGCUUUUGUAUUCUAAGGAAUGGAUGGUUCUUUUGGCCAUUCCCUUUGUUUAGUAUUUAUCCAGUUGCAAAUGAACUAUAUUCUGAAUAUUCUAUUUUUGGAUAUCUGAUGUGUUGCUGUGUUCAUUCAUAUUUCUAUCCCAGGUUUGUGUUUUCAGUCAGUGUGCUUUUGCUUCUGCCUUGCAAGUUUUAAAUAUUGUGAGUCAGGAAUUAAAUAUUUACAUUCUGGGGACUAAUAUCAGAUAUUGUAUUGAAUGUUGUGCAACUCUUUAUGUUAGCAUAUUAUAAAGGAAUAAACUUACAUCAUUAUGAUGUUAAACUGAUUUUGAGAUAUAAAAACAAGAAGUCCAGUGUGCUGCUUGGGGAAGCUUCUUGUGAAAAAACUGGGGAAUCAGAGGCAACGUUAAGUCAACAAUCUACAUUUUGACAAUAAUAUGUGUAGGAACUGCCAAACGCACAACAUUAUUUGGGUGUUUCAAUAUUUUUCAGGGUAGGAAAUGUGUCUGUCUAAAUUUAAUUCAGCUGCUAUUCCUAUGUUCCCUCGUCAUUGACUGUGCUAGCUGGGGGCAAUGGGAGUUGCAGUCCCACAACAAAUAGCAUAUUAAGAAAAUCUAUAGAUACUAGAGAUGGGGGGAAGGUUUCCAGUGAUUGUCUCGAUUGUCUCACUUCCUCUGAGAAAGUGAAACUUGGAGUGAACUGCCCUGAUUUCAGCAUAACCUCUUGGAUGAACAGAUCCAAGUAGGAAAAGAAUGUUAAGUAAUUUGACUCUUCAGUGCCAUUGAGUGGUAAGGAAGUAUAAUUGCAAGGGGAAAUUAUGUCCUGUUGAAAUGUGACAGCUAGGUGUUUAAAGAGUAAAGAUCAAAAGGUCUUUAAUUGAACAUCCUGGAGAAAUGACAGACUUCGAGAUACCGAUUCUGGCAGAAAGGAAGGAAAUUAAGCAACCUUGAUAUCUUUCAUCAACUUGUUUAAGCCCUUUUUAGCCCAAGUCUGGAUGAAUAUUAGCCUUGGUAUAAAAAUUACUUUUCCUGGCCUCACUUUAAAUCACUUCCAAAACUAAAAAUGUCAGGAAGGGCUUUUUAUUCUCAAUCUAGGUUCAACAAAUACUCCACAAAAUCCAAACAAUGCAAGAUGCAUUACUCACAUAACACAGUCUGCAGAAGGUGUAAUUGAAGGAAGUUAUUCGUAGCCUCUGGCUUUGGAGGUUGAACAAAUCAAAUUUAAUAUGACGACUCAUUUUAAAAGUUGGAUGCAGAGCUUGUGCCGGAAUAAAUUGCAACCAGCUGCAGUGAGAGUUUGCCUUUGUCUCCUGUCCCUCUGUGGUGUCCUGUGGUUUCCACUGUGGUUCAGCCCUGGAAGAGAUUAUGGGGCUCCUGUCAGCUUCUGAGUACCCUAUGCCAGUGGGACAAUUUUUGCUGGUCCUGGUGUCACUGGUCCAGUACAAACUGCAGAUUGGUCCAGUACAAACUGCAAACUGGCAGUUUUGCAGCAGCUUUUAACUUAGCCAUUCCAACCAGAAGGUUUUUCCUCCCCAGUGUUUUUGAGCAUAACUGCCUAUAGUUUCUCCAGCAUAAUAAUCCAGGUUACUGUGGGUAAUUGAAGAGCACCUAGAAACCAGGUGUUCAGCAGAUAAGCCUGCUCUGGAUUACCACUGGGAAAAGGGUCCAUAUGAGACACUUUGCCCAGGGCACUCUUAGACUUGGAGCUGACUUUGACUAAAGCAGUAGCAGCUAAUAAGCAACCUCACUAGGACCUCUACAAUGAAGAACAAUUUAUGUGAGAGGCUUCCUGGGGGUGAAGAGGAAUGGUUUCUAAAACAGACAUGUUUUGUAUAUGUUUGCCUGUUCUUUCAGGUUUGUCAUGGGUUUCACCAAGGGUUUAAUGAAAACCGUCUAUUUAAUAUGUAGAAUGUUAAUUUAACUACACAGAACCAAAAUAUUUCUUGAAAAAUAUCAGUUUUCAAACUAUUCUGUGACUGCACAGGUGUGUUCUAAAGAUGUCAUGAACUCCCAAUAAGAGUGAGAAUUUGUACUAAGGAGAAGAAUUUUGUAAAAUCUUAUUUUUUUAAAAAAAAGUUUCUCCAUUUUGUAAUAAUUGUACAGAAAGUUAAAUGAAAAAGAUUCUGUUUCAAAUGUUGUAUUUAGACGCUUUUUAAAAUGUUUUGUCGUACUUUAUGAGUUGAAAGACAUUUUCAUUUAUCUUUGUUUAGUACCAUUUUUUGUAGGAAAGAGUAUUACAUUGUUUUCCAUUACUCAACAUAUUCCAGCUUCUUGAUCCAUGGCAAUAGGCUACUCUAAACUUGACCAAUAAAGUAUUCUCUUCCUAUGA